GAAUGGUCUGUUGUGCGUAACUUGACGCUGGCGCUGAGGACGCAGAGGAGGGAGCCGUGGCUAUUUAAAGAGGGUCAUCCAGUCACGGAUAAAUAUCAGAGGGUCCACGGCGCUGACUAACCGUCUGUAAAUGGUCUUCAUCGUGCACGCAGACUGCUUAUUGUUUAUUAAUCCGGACUGAGGCCGCGUCGUUACGCACUGCUGUCACAGAUCCAUCGACCAGAACCAUCCAGCUACCGUCUAAAGGGACUGAUUUUCCUCUUUAUCACCCCCUUCCCCUGACGGAAAAUCCUGAAAGAAAUGGGUAAAGAUUACUAUAAAACAUUGGGCAUCUCCAAAGGUGCCACAGACGAGGACAUCAAAAAAGCUUACAAAAAGCAGGCGCUGAAAUGGCAUCCGGACAAAAACAAAUCUGCGGCCGCCGAAGAGAAAUUUAAGGAAAUCGCCGAGGCGUAUGAAGUCCUCAGUGAUCCGAAGAAAAGAGAAAUCUAUGAUCAGUACGGAGAGGAAGGUCUCAAGGGAGGAAGCGGGCCCACUGCUGACGGACAGGGCAGUACCUUCACCUACACCUUCCAUGGGGACCCUCAUGCCACUUUCGCCACUUUCUUCGGUGGUGCAAACCCCUUUGAUAUGUUUUUUGGGCGCAAGGCCAGCGGAAGAGAUGAUGAUGACAUGGAGGUGGAUGGAAAUGAUCCCUUCAGCGCUUUCACCAACUUCAACUUAAACGGUUUCCCUCGGGAGGGACACAUUGGCCUCGGAGGGCAGCAGCGACGGAAGCAGGACCCGCCAAUUAUCCAUGAACUGAGGGUCACCCUGGAGGAGGUCUUCCACGGGUGCACCAAGAGAAUGAAAAUCUCUCGCAAAAGGCUUAAUCCUGAUGGCAGGACCAUGCGCACCGAGGAUAAGAUUCUUACGAUCGAGAUCAAGCGAGGCUGGAAGGAAGGAACCAAAAUCACCUUUCCCCGUGAGGGGGAUGAGUCACCCAAUACCAUUCCUGCUGAUAUUAUUUUCGUCAUAAAGGACAAGCCACACCCACACUUUAGGCGAGAGGGCUCCAACAUUGUGUAUCCUGUGCGUGUAAGCUUACGACAGUCGCUGUGUGGAUGUUCGGUUACUGUGUCAACGAUAGAUGGUAAGAUGUGCAACAUGAAGAUUACGGAUGUCAUCAAACCUGGGAUGAGACAGACAGUUGCUGGCCAGGGUCUGCCUUUCCCUAAAAACCCUGAGCAGAGAGGUGAUCUGGUGGUGGAGUUUGAUGUAAAUUUUCCUGAGACAUUGCCCAGUAAUGCCAAGGACGUCCUGAAACGUCACUUACCCAUCUAGGACGACGGACAUGAGCAGAGAGGCGUGAUAACUGCACGUCACCCUCAUUUCCAAACGCACUCACACCAGAACAGUAACUGACAUUUGACAGAUGGAUCCCCUUCUAAAGAAUGUGCAAUUUCUAUUUUUGACCUAUUUGGUGUUUUAUUUCAUUUUAUAACACGC